ACAGGAACAGGAAGUGAGCCGCAGACAGACAAGUUAAUGUGGUGGUUUGUGGAUUUAACUUCCUGCUUCAGAGAGGAGAACUCGCGCAGGCAGCGGCACGCGGACACGUGCAGCUCUCUCGACCGCUGCUUCUUGUUUCCUCGCCACGCUGUCAGCAGGAUGUGAGUCCAGUUGUGAACCUGCAGAUCCACAACAAAGUCCCCUGAACCAAGACCACGCCAGGACCAGACCUGGACCGGACAAGACCAGGACCAGACCAGACUGCUGGCUCUCAGGAGGUCUGACUGGAUUCUCUUGCUGGUGGAUCAGGACCGUCCUGGUCCGACUCAGGCUGAGAGAUGCUGACAUGUAACAGCAAAACCGUGACCCUGAUCCUGCUGCCGGCCCUGCUGGUGGGAAUGCUGUAUGUCUACCUGAGCAGGUCGUCAAGGUUUGUUCUGGACUUCAAUAAACUGACCCACUCAGAGGACGGAUCUCCUGCUGAAGUCAUUAUGACUCAUGUUUUCCACCUGGUGGCUCCUGACCAUCUGCAGUACAAACAGCCCAGCAUCGUAAAUGGUCGUACUGACGUGGUGACGGUGGCGCCCUGGUUGGCUCCUAUCGUUUGGGAGGGAACCUUUAACCCAGCUCUACUCGACAGCAUCUACAAACCAAAGAACAUCACCGUUGCUGCCACUGUGUUUGCUGUUGGAAAGUACAUCAUGUUCCUGAAAAAAUUCCUCAAGACAGCAGAGGAUCACUUCUUCGUUGGUUUCAAGGUGCAUGUCUACGUGUUCACUGACCGGCCAAAGGAAGUGCCUCAAGUUGAAAUGGCUGCCGGCAGAAAGCUAAUGGUGCGUCCGGUGCCCAGCUCAAAGCGUUGGCAGGAGAUUUCUGCUCGUAGGAUGGAGAUCAUCCAGACGCUGAUAGAGGAGGAGCUUCGUAACGGCACCGACUACAUCUUCUGUCUGGAUGUCGACUCUGAGUUUCACGACCGCUGGGGCACCGAGUCUCUGGGCGGACUGGUUGCUGUGAUACAUCCAGGUUACUACAGAGACGACCGCAGCAGGUUCCCCUAUGAGCGCAGACCACAGUCCAGAGCCUACGUGGCUGCCGGGGAGGGAGAUUUCUACUACUGUGGGGGGGCGUUCGGGGGCCUCCUGCAGGAGGUGCACCUGCUUGCCAAGACGUGCCGCUCAAACUUUGAGGCUGACGCCAAGGAGGGCAUCGAGGCCGCCUGGCAGGAGGAGAGUCACCUGAACAGGUACAUGUGGAUCAACAAGCCCAGUAAGAUUCUGUCACCUGAGUACCUGUGGCAGGACUUCAAAGCCAGAAACCCGGAGAUCCACAUCGUCCGCUUCUCUGGAGUUGUCAAGAACUACGCUGACAUCCGACCCAACGUCUGAGAGUCUGGACUGAACUAAAGUGGACUAGAAGAGCUGUGCCUUGAAACAGGUUUGGAAAAGCUCAGCUACACCUGUAUGCACUUACUUACCCACAAUCCAACUCUUCACAUCUGCAUCAUCUGACACCACAGAAUCAAAAACAUAACUGUCGUUACAUGGUGUCACGACCUGAUCCGUCGCCCUUUGGAUUAACUCAUCACCUCUACUGCACAUGUGCAACUUGUUGAACUUGUGAAAACAAACCGUCGUUUUACAGCGGACUCUUCUCGAUGUGCUUGAGUCAUCCGUCCGAUUGUUUUUCUUUUUAGGCUUCAUGUUCAUUUUCUUCUGCAGAAAACUAAAACUGAGCUGCUACUUUCAGCAACAAACAUCUUGAAGAAGAAAGAUAAAGUUAGCCAGCUAACAAGCAUUAGCUACUGUGAACAAACAGGGGCUAGUUAGCAUAAGCUCUCACAUCAAUAAAUAAAGCAUUCUCCAUCUGUAGCAAUCUAAUAUUUGUUGUCCAGUGAGCUACAUUUUAUUAGCUCACUAACUACUCAAUGCUAGCUCAUAUUCUAUAUUGAAGAAUGGUUCAACCAUCCGUCUGUUUAUUCAUAUUGUAGCUGUGAUGCACACUGACGCCUCUAGGGGGGGUGCUAACAGCAGUUUGUUUUCUUCUACCUAUGUGAGCCUGUGCAAUAGAGGUCAAACAUCCUGAUCUGGUCUAGAGGACUCUGUGGGUUCAGGUGCUUCUUUGUUAGCCAACAAACUGAACCAGGUUUUAUCUGUUUCAUUAAGAGUUGAUGUGACGAGACUCAGGUCUGGUGAUAAGUUAAAGGACGAGUUCCCAGUGUCCCCAGAGUUUCCAGUGUUUCCAGUGUGUUAAACCAGCAGUCAGGUGUCUGUAAUCAUUCCUCCUGUUCAUACUGGAUAU